UGCACGGGCUUUCCCGCCGCGGCGGCGGGCUGCGGUUUCCUUCCCUCCUUUACGCAGAGCUGCCCCCGAGGACGGCCCUGCGGCUGCUCCCGGGGCUGCGACGCUUCCCUGGCAAGGGGAAGGCUGCUCACCCCAUUGCAUGGAGAGGAACGCUGAGCCCUCCACAGGCAGCAAAGAGGGGUUCCCAGGCACGGGCAGAGGCUCGGUGUCAUCCACGGCGCCCCUGCCUCUACCGGCUUCCCGACCUUUUGACCGGGCACCGCCAAGGGACAGGAGUAGUGGCUGCGCUCCGAGUGUGGGUCUGGCGCCUUCCCCACUGGGCACCUUCUUCUUCCGCCACUCACAGGCUUCCAGACGCUUCAGGGGAGUGGGCGCUUCUGGGUGGGGAAAGUUCAGGGAUCGUCAGGCUUGUACAAUACCAGGGCCUAUGCCAAGCAACCUGCUGGUAGAGGGAAGGAGGCAGACAAGCCACUACUUGUUCCAGCCCACAGGCAGCUGAUGGGACUCGAGUGGCUGGGUUAAAGCCCGUCUUGGGGGGCCCAGGCCUCAGAGCUGACUUGACCCUGGCUUUGGACGUGCUAGCUCUGAAACAUUUUCGUAGAAAAUCUGGUCUUGGUCAGUUGAGAAGAUCCAGAGCUUGGUGGUGGUGAGGAAUGUGGAAGGUGGGUUUGGCUCUGCAGAGUUUUGGGCAGGACAAGGGGAGCUCAGGACUGCAUGGGAGAUGCGGGGCCCCAAUGGUGGAUAGCGGCUGCUGCAGCUCCUAGAAGGUGCGCAUGACACUGUUAAUGAACAGUACUGUAAAUGGUCUUCCAGUGGGUUUGCUUCUGAGGAAUCCUGGAGAUAGGAAGAGGAACCUGGUGGGAAGAGGAGCAGAAAAAAUGUGUGGGAAUGGGGGAAAAGCUUGCAGGUGGAGGGAGAGGGAGAGGGAAGAACACAACCACAGGGGAGGAAGAGCCCAACUGGAAGAGAGAGAGAGGAGAUGAAGCUGAGAGGAGAAAGGGGGGAAGGGGGAAGUGAUGGGCAAAACACAAGGAAAGAGGCUGGAGGGUGAGACCAUGAGGAAGGCUGAGCUGAUGCCCAGAGGAGAAAAGAAAAGGGGGUUGGUUUUAGGCAGGGACAGUCCAAGGGUCCAGUCAUGCCAGGGUCUCUCCAGAGACCUGUGGAUGGAGAUGAUGGACCAGGAUGGGAGGCAGGUAAGGAUGGAUGGCCGAUCUGAGAUGUCCCCACAUCUCUCUGAACCUGCAACAAAGAUACUUUCUGAGGCUGCCCCAUAGAGGCAGAGGCUGGUGGACAGAAGGAAAAAAAGAGGAGGGAGAAGAGUCAGCCCUGCCAGAUGCAAGUCACAGCGUUAACCCUAGGGUGUCCAUCCAGAUUCUUCUCUGAGGCAGAACUGGGGCCCUAGAUCCAGGGGCGGCCCCCUUUGGUCACCUUUAAAGUCAGCCUCCUGUAUGUGCUCCCCAAACUAAUGCCUGAAAUUUCUCCAAAAUUCAGGCAUCCGUUGGGGUUAAGCAUUGCCCUCACCUCACUGUCCUCAAGCACCUAUAUCUUGACAUGCCUGUGACAGGAUUGUCUUCCUGAGCAUCCCUUUCCCCAGGGUCCUUUCCUCAUACCAUUUAUACCAGGGUCUCAGAGCCUCAAUGGCAGCCAGCCUGGGACAGAGACACACUUUCUGCAUGGCCCAGUUUCCUCCGAUGGGUGUCGAACCCCAGAUUCCUGGGCAGCCAUUCUCAUCCAGGGCUGCCUCCCCAACUGCCCAACAGAACUCCAAGCCCCCUCAUGGCUGUUCUCCCCCUCCUCCACAUUCCCCUUUCCUCAGGCCAGGCCAGGACCUGCACGGUCCCUGUGCUGAAUGGCACUGGGCCACCCUAUGCCUCUUCCCUCCAGACCUCCCUCUUUCUCUCUGCCUCCAACUCCUCUCCAUCCUUCAAGGCCUCACUAAGGCCCCUUCUCCCUGCAACCUCCCUGGUAACCCGGCCAGAGCUGCAUCUCCUCCCCGGUAAGAACUGGCACGCGUUUGGGCCUUUCACUAUGUGUAAAUCAGCAUGUUGUUGUGAGCUGUUUCAUAGCCUCUCUGUGUUUUUCCAAUGUGCUAUUUAUUUGCAGUAUUUGUCUCAUCAUCUGUAUUACUGGGACUGAGCCCAGAUCCCAGAGGCCAGGGAGGUGCCAACCCUCACCCCACCCUGCCGGUAUUUCCCUAAAUCUGGGGGCGUCAGCUGACAGGAGGCUCAGGAGCUCUCAGGAGGCAACCUGGAGCUAGGAAAGAAAGCUCAAGGGUCUCUCUGCCUCUGGCUGGACAAAGGGAGACCUAAGGCCAGGAGAGGGCAGAGGGUACCUCAGUGAGGAGGAGGGAAGGAAGAAGAAGUGACACAGUAUUAGGAGCUAUUUCCAUCACUCUGCAAGUGAGCAGUGACAGGGCCAGGUGGGUGCUGAAAGGAGGGAGAGACCUCAGAAAAAUGUCCCCACCAUGAUAAGAGCUGGGCUGGCUGGAUGCAGAGCUUGAUAGGGCUUCGCUAGCCGGUGUCAGCCAGGGCUGGCUCAGAGCUAGCAUUGGUACCUGCAGUCAAUUGGUUGGGAUCCUCAAAACAUACACCCAGCGCUCCAAGAGGUCUCUGGCAAGGAAUGGGUUCCCAGUGAAACUGAGUUUGAGACCACUGGUUGUGCCAGGGGCAGAGCCAGGCCUUUCUGUGGAGCCAGGUGGGAAGAAGGCCUGGGCCCAGGAAAAACUCUCUGGCUUGCAGUCUGGAACCUGGUGCAUGAAUGUAAACUUGGGAGGAGUGGGCUGCUCAGAAGGUGCCUAGCUCAGUACUUGAUGUUGCAGGGACAGGAUAAUGGGCAGAUGCAAGUCCUGCCCUCAAGGAUUUUCCUGUGUAAUGAGGAAUUUAGACAGGUAGGCAUAUUAUUUAUGUUAUCAUCAGAAGUUUAACAUGUAGUCAGGCUUGGCCUGGGUGGAUCUGGGAAGGCUUCUUGGAGGAGGUAACUUUUGAGUUGUUAUCAAUGGAGAGCAAGUUUGUGUCAUGGCUGUUAGGAAAUCCCAGCAAAGCUGCAUUUGGGGACCACUGCAUCCUGGAGUGAGGGACAGAGUCUGUAGAACUGUAGGUAUAAAGUCUUUGUUUUUCUGCCCUCAGCAGGGCCUGGGAGCUUCUGGGGAGAGUAAGAGCUGGGAAGAAAUGACACCUUCUCUGUCGCAGACAUGGCUGGGCCCCCGGCUGCUGUUGACCUGUCUCCUGGUGAGCACGAGUGUUACCGAGGCGGUGCCAGAAUACUGUAGCCAUUUGAUUAGGGAUGGCCAUCUGACGAUCCUACAGCAGCUGAUUGACAGUCAGAUGCAGACCUCGUGCAAAAUUCCCUUUGAGUUUGUAGACCAGAACCAGUUGAAUGAUCGCGUGUGCUACCUUAAGAAGGCAUUUCUCCUGGUGCAAGACAUAAUGGAGGACACCUUGCGUUUCAAAGACAACACCCCCAAUGCCAAUGCCACCAUGCAGCUUCAGGAACUUUCUAUUAGGCUAAAGAGCUGCUUUACCAAGGAUGAUGAAGAGCAGGACAAGGCCUGUGUCCGAACUUUCACUGAGACGCCACUUCAGUUGCUGGAGAAGAUCAAGAAUGUCUUUAACGAAACAAAGAAUCUCCUUACAAACGACUGGAAAGUUUUCAGCAAGAACUGCAGUGACAGCUUUGCUAAAUGCUCCAGCCACGAUGUGGUGACCAAGCCUGAUUGCAACUGCCUGUACCCCAAAGCCACCCCUAGCAGUGACCUGGCCUCUGUCUCCCUUCGCCAGCCCCUCACCCCCUCAGCGGUCCCUCUGGCUGGCUUGACCGGGGCUGACUCUGAGGGGACAGAGGAUGGUUCCUUCUUGCCCAGUGAGCAGCCCCUUCAUGCAGUGGACCCGGGCAGUGCCAAGCAGCGGCCAUCCAGGAGCACCUGCCAGAAUUUUGAGUCUCCGGAGACCCCAGGUGUCGAAGGCAUCCCCACCUCUGGUUCACCUCAGCUCCACCCCUCUGUCGGGGCCCCCACCCCUGGGAUGGAGGAUGUUCUUGACUCCGUGUUGGGCACUGACUGGGCCCUAGAAGAAGCCUCUGGAGAGGCUAGUGAGGGUUCUAUACCCCAAGGGUCUGAGCUUUCGCCCUCCAGGCUGGGAGGGAGCAGCAUCCAGGCAGAGACCACUGGGCCCAGCAAUCUCUUCUCGGCAUCUUCUCCAGUUGCCAGAUCAACAGCAGGCCAGAAGCCAGCACACAUAUCUGGCACCCCCUUGCCCGGUGUGGGCCCUGUCCAGCCCAUGGGCCAGGCCUGGAAUCACAUACCUGAGAAGCCAGACAGUCUAUUGGCCCUGCCCAGAGACCAUCAGGAGCCAAGUACUCCCAGGACUCCGUCGCUGCGCCCACAAGGCCUCAGUAGCUCCUCCACCCUCUCUGUUCAGCCAAGGCUUCCCAGAAGCCACUCAGGGGGCAGUGUGCUGCCCCUUAGGGAGCUAGAGGGCAAGAGGAGCACCCGGGAUCGGAGGAGCCCCACAGAGCUGGAAGGAGGACCAGCAAGUGAGGGGGCGGCCAGGCCCCAGGCCCGUUUUAACCCCGUUCCUUUGACUGACACAGGCCAUGGGAGGCAACACGUGCAACACUCUGACCCCCAGCUCCCCGGGUUUGUCUUCCACCUGCUGGUGCCCAGCAUCAUCCUGGUCUUGCUGGCCGUUGGUGGCCUCCUGUUCUACAGGUGGAAGCGACGGAGCCAUCGAGAGCUUCAGACAGUGGAUUCUCCCAUGGAGCAGCCAGAGGACAGCUGGGCGCACAGGACAGUUUCUCCAUGGGAGGAGAAGUUAUGGGGGCAUCCACCACCAUCCCUCCCCAGCCAUUCUCCUGGGAUGGUGGCCUGCCCACUAUGAGCACCCCCGCCUGCCAGGACUGGAACAGAGCAGCCAGGCUGGGGUUCCUCUGCCCUCAACCCUCUCUGUCCCUUGACUGACUGAGAGAGUGCCAGGGGGUGCUCCCUGAGAUACCGAUAUUUAUUGUGGGGCCUGGAGGCUCCCAUCUGCUUGAAGAAGGCUGGCAAGCGUGUCUCAGGACCCUUGGCCCCCAGGGGCUGUGCCCUCCCCACAUUCCCCUCCAAGCCAACACCUGGGCGAGAAACCCAGAGGCCUGUGGGAUGAGGGAGAACAGGGCAGGGGCUGAGGAAUGGAAGAGCCCUUAUGCCUAGAGGACCCACCUGGUGCCAAGAGAUUCCAGCAUCAGCAAGCAAGGACUUGUCUCCAAGGAUAGGAGCAUGAGAUUGGCAGGGUGAGACAGCAUCAGCUGGAUUUCCUGAAAACACAUGCAGCUGAGGUAACAGGAAGAGGCGGUCUCUGGGCCUGCCGGUCUGCACCAACAGCAGAGGGUUCUACACCCUCGGCUCAUCUAAGUGUCCUAUCUGGUUGCUGGGUAGAGAAGGGAGGCCAGCCCUGUCCUCAGGACCUGCCUGGCCUGCUCCUGACGCCUAGGGGAGGACCAAGGUCUGGCCUCUGCUCCCACUUCCUUCCAGCCCCUGCCAGAGCGUCUUCAGGAAGCCACGCAGAGGCUGCCCCUCAUGAAGGAAACCAUUGAUUGCACUGUGAACACUGAACCUGCCUGCUGUACAGCCUGCCCUGGCUGUCCCGGGGGAAACAGUUGUCCGUCCUCCCACCCGUCCAGCCUUUCCCAGCUUCCCGCGCUGAGCACCGAGCUGGCCUUGCCUGUUGACGGAAGGAGCCCUUAAGCCCUAACCUUCUCCUGACCCGGCCUUUGACACCCCACGGAGGAGUUGGGUGGGAGAACCGCCCGGGCUGCUAGCCAGAGCUGGUCUUUAGGCUAUGUCGUUCGCCCAGGUUUCUGCAUCUUGCACUUUGACACUCCCAAGAGGGAAGUGAUUGGUGGGAAGGAGGGAAGGGCAGAGACAGAAAACGGGUGCAGGGUGGAGCUCUGACAGAAAAUGGGUCUUUGAUAUUAUGGCUCCUGGCCCCUGAUCCCCAGCCCAAUCUCCUUCCCCCCUACCAGGCUCCCGCCCCAACCACAGUUUAUGGCUGCUGCCGGCAGGCACCUGGAGCUCAGUAGGUUAUCUCUGCUAGGAGCCUGGGGCUGGGCUGCCACCUGUACUGGCACCCAGCUCCCCUUCUCUUCCCAUACUUGUUCUUUCCUGACCCCAGUAGGCAGUUGAUACCCUCCAACUCUCACUCCAGCCCCCACUACCACCACCUCUCUGGCCAGGCAAGCCAGGAUGGGAAAGGGGCCAGAGGGGAUCAGGGCACCUUUUUUCAUCUCUGCUUAUGAGGGCCUUAGCUUCCUGGGCCUAGCCCAUGGCCGUGGCUCAACGGCGACAGGGCUGUCGAUUGCCCUUGGCCCCUUUGUGCUGCUGUGUCCCUCCUUGGCUGCCCUGCCACUGAAGACCCUGCCCUGCCUGGGCUACUAUCCCAGGGCUCAGGGUCUUCCCUUACUGCCCCGAAAAGGGAGGCUCGCUGGCUCCUGCCUGCCCAGGUUGAUGCAGACAGCCGAGGGAAGGGCAGCGAACUUUCACUGAGGACUCAUUCUUCUGGUCACAAACUCUAUAUUUGAUACUAGAAAAUACACAUUUAAAAAUGGAAGCUUGGAAGAAAAAAAAAAAAAAACCCCAGAAAAAAGGCAUUACCCCUCCUUAAACAUACAGUAUUUUAAAAGUCAAAAAAGCAUGUCCAACCCACCGCAGAAGCUCUUUGUGAGUGCUUGGUGACAUAGAAGCGGGGCGGGCCCCAGAGCCGCCUCUGGGUGUCUCCUCUGACUGCACAGGAAUCCCUUCUUUUCUCCGGGAAAGCUGAGAGGGAACAUUGGCUCACGCACUGUGAGAUUUUGUUUUUAUACUUGGAAGUGAAUUAUUUUAUAUAAAGUCAUCUAAAUAUCUAUUUAAAAAAAAAUAGGAAGCUGCUUAUAUAUUUAAUAAUAAAAGAAUUGCACAAGCUGC